AUCGCCGCCAACAUCAGUAACACAAUGUAAAAAUAGUCCAUUACAAGUCCUGCAUUCAAACAGUUGUUACUGAUGCAGCAUUUUAGCUGUAUUUUGAUGUUGUAGUCAAUUGAUGUGAAGUUAAUAUUAGCUACUUUAUAUACGGUACGAUUUAAUCUGCAGCAAUGUAUUCUAGUUUAAAAGAUGACCGUGUGUUUUGUGGCCUAUUAUUAUACUAGUAUUAAAUUACUAGUACCAUAGCUGUCAAAUUAAAACUCUGGAGUAAAAAGUUUGCCUCUGAUGAAAAUAUUCACUUACAACUAGAACAUAUACCUCAAAACUGAACUUAAACACAGCUGUGAGUAAUUUCAUUUAGUUAGUUUGUUCUGCUGUUAGCAGUGAACAUUUCCAUUUACUUUUGUUGCAUAACCAUCAACAUUCUCAGGCCUUAAAUUAUGAAAGUGCUUCAGGCACAGUGCUCACAUGCAUAUGUGGUGUUUCAUAUUAGAAGAUGUCAGAUUUCACAGUUUCCAGUCCCCCUGCAGCUAAAGAACAGCAGUGAAUUUGACACUUCACAUAUGUUGUAUUAGUGGCCCAGGGCAAUCCAAUUAGUAUUUGUUAAUAUGAAGAAGAUCAGGAGGAUAACAAGCCCUUCUCUCAUUUAUAGCUGGAGGACGUUAUGUCCUGUAUAGCAGUCACUAUUAAUUUGUGCGUAAUGAUUAUGGCAUAGGAUUAAAAAAAAAAAAAAAAAACCUGAAAUCCCAUAACAUGAUUCACAAGUAGGAGUAAAACAGACCUCAGUUGUUGGUCAGGAUCACUAAAAAAAUCAAUUUCCACAGCAUUGGAAGCACAUUACUGCUCAACCACAAGAGGGCAGCAGACCCAUAUGAGAUAAGUGCUCUGUGUGGUACAUACUGAAGGCUGCACAAGGACUUACUUUGAAAAAAACCUCAUGCCAAAUGAAUAGGAUAAUGCUUCGUUUGUCUCUGUACUUGUUCAGCGCUGAAGUGCCAAUGUGUGACCUUUAUCUAAACACAGUGAAGAUCGUUUGAAGUUUGUGAUAUCUUGAUAAAGGUCACAGGCUGAAAUGUCAGCAUUCGAUGUGGCGAGUGUUAAAGUGAAUAGGAAGAGGGUUUUCCUCUAGGCUCAAGUUACAUGUGACUUUUGAGUCAUAAAAAUCCGAUUAUAGCUUUGUAGAUAAAACUGUAUUGAAAUGACUCAUUUAAUGUGCUCAAGAAUCACAGAGAAUAAGAAGAUUAGAGGAAUUAAAUUUGAUUUCUUUGGAUUGAUAUGAGGGUGACUUUUGCCCCCAUCAUGAGAGAGUGCCUUGCUGUCUGCUAGAACUUAAUCAGAGGUCAAAGUCUGCUUUCUGGCUGACAGAGCCAGUAGGAACACAGUGUGUUUUUGUCCCUCACUGUCUAAGCCCUUCUCACCCUGUUAACAACACCUCGCCUUGUGGAGAGCUUCCUCUGCUUGGAUUGUCGCCAGUUCAACACCAUGCUGCUUCGGACAGUGGUCCUGCUCCUCCUCUGUGUGUCCUCGGGCAUGUGUGCCACUUUAGGCCACUACCAGGCUCAAGCAACAGAGGAGGAGGUGGAGGCCCAUGCUGUGAACUCAGCUGCUCUUACUGAUGGUGUUGUUGCAGCUGUCGCCGUAGAUGCAGCUAAAGGUGACCAUGUAGGUGAUUCACCUGAAGCUGAGGAGCCUGUGGCUAAUACCCUUUUUGGUGACAAAGUAUUAGCUGAAAUACUUGCAGUGGAUAACCCAGCAGCUGACAAACAUGAAGUGGAUGUCCGUGUGGCCGAUGGUGCUACGGCUGAAGAACCAGGGACAGACAGUGAUAGGCCUGCCAGAGACAUCCCUGCUAUGGAAGCCCUUGCUGAAGAGGCUGUCACCCAGAAGCGACUUUCUUCUGAGGAGGAGGAAGAGGGGAAUGAGAUCAGACCAGUUGAGACAACCCAGUCCCUGGACAAACCCUUGGCUAAUGAAGAUAAUAACAGUUGGAGCCUUAACUCAAUUAGAAAUAGUUUCCAGACUAUGCACGGAUACUUUGACUCCCUGGUGGAGCUGGCGGGGGGUCGCGAUGGUGUGUGUCAGUACCGCUGCAGAUAUGGAGAAGCUCCUCAGCCUCGUCCGGGCUACCAGCUCCCUGAGCCCAACGGCUGCAGCUCCUCUCUGGUGGGAUUCCAGGUGAAUGCCGCUAUGGACCUGGGGAUCCCUGCGAUGACAGAGUGCUGCAACCAGCUUGACGUGUGCUAUGACACUUGCGGCACAAGCAAGUACGACUGUGACUCCAACUUUCGCUCCUGUCUGCAUGACAUCUGCUCUGACUUCAAGAAGAGCCUGGGCUUUGGGUCAAAGGUACAAGCCUGUGAGUCGAUGGCAGACGCUCUCUACAACACAGUGUGGACUCUGGGAUGCAGGCCUUACAUGAACAGCCAGAGGGCAGCGUGCGUCUGCGAGGGAGAGGAGAAGGAUGAGCUGUGACACAGAGCACAGUGGACAACUCCUGGACACUUUCACACACAAAUAAGAGGGUCAUGGGUAUUUUCACAGAUUACACUGUAUAUUUAUAGGCUUUUUUGUCGAAGAGGAAAUACGUCACAAGAGCGCUCUCAAGAUUCAGACCCUGCGACAUAAAUGGGGAACGCAAAUGAACAGUUUCUUAGCUUUUUUAUUCGUUGGCAUUACUAACAAAUAUUCAAUAUCUGAAUAGGACUCUCAGAGUCUUGCAGAAUCUUGCUCAUGCAUGUUAUACUCUCCAUAGUUCAUUUCAUUUUUAGGCCAUUUCAAGGCCUCCGUGACUCCAUUACCAUAAAUUAUUUUUAUGACUCCAAACAAAGUGCCUGAUGGGAAGGAUAUUGUAGUUGGAUUAAUUUUCUCUAGAUACAAAGACACAAGAUAAUCAUUGUUGCGCACACGGUUCAUUGUGUUCUGGUAUUUAACAUUUAUCAAACUAGUCUGUUCAAACCUUAAGCCGGUGUAUUGUAAAAUGUAAUGCCUAUUAUAUCUACUGUUAACGUUUGAUGUAAGUUAUUUGUUUUUUUUAUGAAUAAAUGCAUGACUAAUUGUAGUUUAACUGACAUGAUUAAUUCUAGUUUAAUUGUCAGAGUGAUGAAGCGAGUGCAUAAUUUCCGGGCACAGCACACUGAUAUCUCUUUCCCACCACACUGUAGUGUGUGACAUGUUCCACAGCCAUUGAUUAUACUGAGCAAAUGAGUCAGAAUACAUUUAUGGAUGUUGCACAUGUAUUUUUCAAGUCAAUGAUGGUGUGAAAUAUAAACCACUUUUAUAAAUCCACUAAAUCUUUAAGCUGUAAUCAAGCCUGAGAAAUGCCUCAAAGUGUGACCUAGAAAAACAUCCUUCAUACUGUAGUUGUUACAAAUGAACUGUGGCCCCACCGAAUGAUUUCUAAUAGAAAUGUCAUUCACUUUAAUGUCAGUAAAUUGUGCUGCCAGGCAAAGUGGCACAGACUUGGAUCCAUUAACCAGAAUUCAACUGAUCUACAGCAAAGCGAGAGACACUGGCACUGGCAAAAAGAGGAGUGUGUUUACUCUACAACUGCAUGUAUAUGUGUAUAUGUGGGACAGCGCAAUGUACUACUCCGUGUGUGUAUACCUGCAUUUGUUUGCUAUUUUAAAUACCAAAUAAAGAAAAAUGUAAAUGUGA